AAGCCCCUCAAGCCAUCCAGCUCAUCCCUCCCCCGUCGUAGAGUCAACCAUAAUCCCAUCAUCCCAUCAUCCAUUGCAUCAUAUCAUAAGUCAUAACCACAUUCAAACAACAUAAACAACCAAGCCCCCAAUCCAGCAGGUGCAUAAAUAUACCACAGAAGAUUCAUGAACGACUCGACUCAACUCGACUCCAAAAACACCUUUUCCAGCGAGCGCGCGAUAACAUCAACCGAGAGAAAACCCCACCAACCGAAGUUGGUGAGAGGGGGGGGGGGGGGGAAAGAAUCACCCACCCCCGCCUUCCUCCCCGCUCUCCUCAUCGAUGGGCCGUUUCGGGUGCGUAACGCGGUUCCUCAUCGUGUGGAUGCCGUAGCCCGCGAUGGCGAGGAUGAUGAACAGGACGAUGAUGAUCACCGCGAUGGCGAUGUUUUCUUGCAUUGUUGCCCGUUGUUGGUGGAGUUGUGGUUGGGUUUGGUGGGGGUUGUGUUGGAUGGUGAGCUCUGGGGAGCUGAGGUUCCAAGUUGUUGUGGAUGGGGGUGGUUAAUUGGGGUUGCGGUUGCAAUGUCUCAUGGGAUCGGUGGACGUAGAUCCGAUGUGUGUGUAGGUAGGUGUUUCUCGAUCUGUGCGCACGAUCUGUGGGGGGACGGAUCUAGAUUUGGGUUCCUCAGGAAUGUAUGUAUGUGGAUGGGGUGUCAAAUUAUCCGGGAGAUAUAUUGAUGGUAUGUAUGUAUGGGUUUGGGAUUCCAAGGGAGGAGAGGAAGAUGGAGAAAGUAGAAUGGGGGAGGGCUGGCAUGCCUGUGGGACAACUUAUAAGUUAAGGUUGUCCACACACAGCAGCCAGCCAGCCAGCC